UUGCAUGCAAUUACAGUCACCUCACCUGUUUCUAACUUUCUAGUGAUCUUGUCCACAAUUUUCAACUCUCUCUCUCUUUCUCUCUCUUCAUAUUUUAAGAUUAUUUGGAUAGGCAUGGGAUAGUGGGUUGUGAAACUUAAACCACCAUGGACUAUCGCAAGAAAGAUAGAAUCCACAUGAGCUUCUAUCAAAAAACUAUGAAAUCUCCACAAAGUGGAUUUUGAAUACUUUUUGCCCACCAAAACCAAUGAAGCAACACCAUUAUGAUUCCAUAUAUGGUGGUUUCUAGCACUUAAUUUGUAGCAGUGAACCAUAGUAACUUCACACUUCAUCUGAUCAAAGUUGUUUGAAUAAUUAUUCUUAAUAUAUUCAUCUUUGGUUUGCCACCAUUGAGGUUCUUUGCUAUGUUUAAGCUAUAAGCAAUAACUGAAAUGCUUGAACAGAAUUGGUAGUUAUAGAUCAAUGGAUCAAAUGAUGGGAAAAGCUUCAGCCGUCUGUGUUUCAAUGAGUACUCCUCCAAGAUGGGAUUUGAAACUUCAUGAAACUGCUCAGAGUAGUUUUAAGAGAGCCUAUCACCUCUUCAAUUGUAUAUCAGAUAAAAAGAGAGAGAGAAGUGUUCAAGAAGUGACUCUCAUAGCUCAAGAUGCCAUUGAUGAAUUCAAAAGGCUGCUUACUCUCCUAGAUAGUGGAUCAGUGCUGUCAUCGUCAGAUAAGAAGAGGAUUAGAAAGGGUCCCUUGCCUAAAACCAAUGAUAUAAAUCAUGUUGAAUUGAUGGAUAGUCCGAAUUCUUCAUACAAAACUUUGGCAUACAACUCAACCAGACCCUUCAUUGGUAGACAGUUUCUCCCUCCACAGAAUACUAGUCAAGCCACUAGUUCUAUUCAUAGAAGCAGUCUUAGCUUGAGUACUUUGAUUCUUCCAAGUAAUUCAAUCAUGGGGAUGACCCAAUUCUCUCAACAACCUAGCAGCUCUUUGAUCAGUAUGAAUGGAAGCAGUAUUAUUAAAACACAUGUAGUUCAGCAGCAUUCAUCAUCGGAUUUUUUAGCUUCUGAGGUCAGUUCUUCUAUAUUUUCUUCUAAAUGGAAGUGUGGGGAGAAAAGUGAAGAUACAAGUAUGAAAUGUGUAGCCUCAACUGGUGGAUGUCACUGUUCAAAGAGGAGGAAACUAAAGAAAAGGAGGAGAAUUCGAGUUCCAUCUGUUAGCAAUAAAUUAGCAGAUAUACCUCCCGAUGACUACUCUUGGAGGAAAUAUGGUCAGAAGCCCAUUAAAGGAUCUCCAUAUCCAAGGAGCUAUUACAAGUGCAGCAGCCUGAAGGGGUGCCCUGCAAGAAAGCAUGUGGAGAGGUGUUUGGAGGAUCCUGCCAUGUUAGUUGUCACAUAUGAAGGUGAUCACAACCACUCAAGAAUCACAUUUCAAGCACCCAAUUUGAUGAUUCAAGUUCAACAAUAAACUGAAAUUUAAACCAUGGGGACCAACAUUUCCUUAUGGCUGGCUCCUCCGAUGAAGAAUCGUAUUCGGUAUUUGCCUUUUUUACUUCUGUGUAUACAAAAAAUUAAAAAAGUUAUCUGCUGGAUCACUUGUGUACACUUGUUACAGAUUCCAAUGCUCUUUACUUACUUUUAGACAGAAUCAAACCAAGUCUGAGUUUUAGAAUUGAACUAUUUGGUACUCAAACUAGCUAAACAGCUACGAAUUUGUGCAACUAAUAGCAUCAAUAAGGCUUUGAUUUUUGUGACAAGUUUAGUCCUUUCCUUAUAACAGUAAACAGAUUUAGCCCUGAUC